AGUUUUGCCUUGGCUGUGUAAUGCUGGCUCUACAGGUACAGUAAAUGUCGAAAAAAUGCAAGUUUUACAUCUUUCUACCUGGAACACAAAAAUAUCUCACUCUGUGUGAGGUUGAGGUGUAUUCAGGGUGUUCGUUUACACAAGUUGAUAACAUUGCUUUUGGAGCCAAAGCUGUCCAGUCCUCCACUUACAAUGAAUUAGCAGAUGCUUAUAAUGCUGUAGAUGGUAACAGAGAUUCAGAUUACAUGAAGCGAUCCUGCACUCACACCGCAAUAGAAGAUAAUCCCUGGUGGAGAGUGGACCUCAAAAGGAGUUACAGUAUUAACAAAGUUAUCAUCACUAAUCGUGGAGACUGUUGUGGAGAGAGGAUAAUAGGUGCUCAGAUCCGAAUUGGCAACAGUCUGGAUAACAAUGGGAACAACAAUAAGCUCGCUGCAACAAUUGGGUCCAUCCCACUUGGAGGCACACAAACAUUUACAUUUGACAAUAUUCAAGGGCAAUAUGUCAACAUCUUUCUACCAGGGAACCAAAAAAUACUCACUCUGUGUGAGGUUGAGGUUUAUACAGGUUAAGUGGCAUGAUUACACCCCAGUCCACCAAAAGAAGAGGCUAACAUCUCAAAACAGUAACUGGCCCUGUCUACAUUUUUUUUUUAUAAUUUUGCAAAAAUACAUAUUUUUGUGUUCUAUGGAGGUAACAAAAAUAAUGUAUGAAAUCAAUACAUAAAGUAAGCAUGUUACACA